CCCCGCCUCCAACAGGGGGUGUCUAUAUAACCCCAAGGGAAUUGGCAGCCUGCGUCUAGGCUACUCGCCCUUCUGGGACAUCCCCAUCGCGCCCACAGCUGCUGCUCACUGGCCCACUGAGAAAAAAUGGCACCCAAGAAGGCAAAGAGAAGGGCAGCGACCGAAGGAGGAAGCUCCAAUGUUUUCUCCAUGUUUGACCAAACGCAGAUCCAGGAGUUCAAAGAGGCCUUCACUGUCAUUGACCAGAACAGAGAUGGCAUCAUUGACAAGGAUGACCUGAGAGACACAUUCGGUGCUAUGGGGCGCCUAAACGUGAAGAAUGAGGAGCUGGAUGCCAUGAUCAAGGAGGCCAGUGGCCCAAUCAACUUCACCGUCUUCCUCACCAUGUUUGGGGAGAAGCUGAAGGGUGCCGAUCCCGAGGACGUAAUCAUGUCUGCCUUCAAAGUCCUGGACCCCGACGGCAAAGGCACCAUCAAGAAGCAAUUCUUGGAAGAACUCCUGUCCACCCAAUGUGACCGGUUCACCCCAGAAGAGGUCAAGAACAUGUGGCACGCCUUCCCUCCAGAUGUUGCCGGCAACGUGGACUACAAGAACAUUUGCUACGUCAUCACACACGGAGAGGACAAGGAAGGGGAAUAAACCCCAAACGCCCCACCCAUGCUUUGUGGGGGAAUCCACCCAGAAACCCCCCAGGCUGGGGAGUUUCCUUUAUGCUGGUCCCGGGUGAUCCACACAUUUUUGUAAACCAGCAAUAUACAUGUCCAUCUGUUAUUUAUUAUGAUUGGAAGGGAGGAAAAUUACACCCCCACCAAACCAAACCCUGUGCAUCUCUACCAGUCUUAACUUGACCGGGACCUUUCUCUGUGAAAUGUCUUAAUAAAGAUGAGGACAUCUCUGUUUCUAA